GUUUUCACCAUUGGAUGCAGCGUCCAAAACUGCACCUAAUGAGGUGUAUCUCACAGCUGGCGCCUAUCUUUUUGUAUAACGUGGUAGGUUCUUAAUGGAAAUAUCCCUCUAUCGACUGAUGUAUGAACGAACGAAAUCGGAGAUCGGCAUUAAAAUACCAGAUUUAAAUGAACAUGUAUCAAUAUCAGCAUCAACAAAUUUAUUUUAUGUUAAUUGGCCAUUAUACUCAAACACUAAUAUAAGUUUUGAUAUUGAGUGUAUAGUACCAAAUAUAACAAUAUUUUCACCAAUUCAAGUUAAUGUUAGCAUUGGACGAUUAACAAAUCGUAAAGCUGGUAAAUAUUCAACAUAUAAUUGGCAUAAUGAAACAGUAAAAAAUCAUGAUUUACAUGAAUAUACUACACGACUAUGGGAAAAUAGACGUUUUAUGAUUAAACAAUCAUUUGUAAUUGAAAAACAGAAUUGUUCACCAACAUCAAUAGUAAAAUUAAUUAAAACAAUAAAUUGUAAGUAA